AGUAAGGUGGAAGAAGCAAAGAAAGAGAUCCAUUCCAAUGGAGAAACAAGAAACACAACCAAAAGAAUGGUCCCAAAAAUCAUGGGAAAUCCUCUCAAAAGUACGCCAAAACUCACCAUUAAUCCAAUGCAUAACAAACUUCGUAUCAAUGGAUUUAGCAGCAAACACUCUUUUAGCAGCCGGAUCUUCGCCAGCUAUGCUUCACUCAAUCGACGAAAUCCCUGAUUUCACCCCUCAAAUUGCCGCCCUUUACAUCAACGUCGGCACACUCACCGCAUCUUCUUUUCCGGCGAUGAAGUCCGCCGCAGAAAUCGCCGUGAAAAAUGGGAAGCCUUGGGUGUUUGACCCUGUUGCUGCCGGUUGUUCCGGGUUCCGGUUAAGGGCUUGUUUGGACUUGCUUUUGUUGAAGCCUACUGUUGUUAGGGGUAAUGGGUCUGAGAUUAUUGCUCUUUCUCGUGCUUCUUUUGGUGAUACUAAGGGUGCAGAUAGUGUGCAUGAAUCGAUGGAUGCUCUAGAAGCUGCAAAAUCACUGGCUCUAAGAACUGGUGCUGUUGUUGCCGUGACUGGAGCUGUAGAUAUUGUUACAGAUGGGCAACAAGUAAUUGGUGCACGCAAUGGAGUGCAGAUGUUGCAAAAGAUAACAGCAACGGGUUGCUCUGUCACUGCUCUAAUUGCUGCCUUUGUUGCUGCUGAUCCAUCUCAUGCAUUUGAAGCUACAGUUGCAGCAUUAUCUGUGUUCGGCAUUGCUGGUGAGCUGGGUAUGCAGGAUGCAAAAGGUCCAGCUUCAUUGCGUGUUAACUUGAUUGAUUCAUUAUAUGGGAUUGAUCAAGAGAGCAUAAUUCAGCAUGCUAAAAUAUCCUCAUUAUCUUGAUGUGGAAAGAGAUUUUAAUUGGUAAUAUUUUUUCAGAUUAUUUAUAUCCUUAGCUAAGAAAGCCUAUCCUAUCAAAAUAAAGUUAAUCAAAACCUUUUCUAACUUUUGUUUUGUUCUCACAAAACCACCCAAGAUCAUUUUGUAGGAAACUGCAAAGUUAAUUAAAUAGCAAAUGUAUUUAUAAUUUUUCUUGAUAACCUAUUCAUAAGAAUGAGGUUUUAUUCAGAUAACAAAUCUUAAGUUACAUUAUGAUAUGACUGGUUGUGGGAGCUGUGAACAUACAAUAAAAGUUAGACGUGUGUGUUUGUAAGUAAGUUGGUUUGUUUGUUUUUCUUUCUUUUUUUUUCAUCUUUUCUAUUCUGUAGGAUCAGGAUGGUUUGGGAAUAGAUCAUUCACUCCAGGGUGAUUUUUUUUUUAUUAAUUCUCCUAUUCUAUCUACACAAUAAUAAUGUUGCAUAUAUGUGUAGCAAAUUUUUAUCUACAGCAUACAAUAUGAAGGUCAAAGCUUAGUACGCAUGUUUUAUCACAUUGUGUAUGUUGGUAUUCUGAUAGUAUGAUAAAUAUCUGAUGAGUUGGGUGAUGACAUUUGUUUAUUUGGGAGUGCAUAUGCUUUAUGCAUUAUAUUUCUGUAAUUUUUUUCAUGAUAUUUGACCUCAUAGCUUAUAUGUCUUGUUAUCUGUUUUCUUGUUAAUAAAAUGGCGAUAUCUCUAUGAGCUAGUCUAGGAGGUAAAAAAAUUUGUAAACUGCAACAAAACAAAUGAUCUCUGUCCUUGGUAUAUCUCUUGGCAUAAAAUGAAUCGGAACAUAUCAUGAA